AUGAGUGAAAGUGGUCAAGAACAAAACAGAGGCACAAAUACAUCACCAAAUAAUGCUGAAAAUAAUAAUAAUUCAAAUGCAGCUUCCGGUCCACUCAAUGGUGGUGCUGAGCAAACAAGAAACAUAACCGUUUCCAUUCAGUAUUCCUAUUUCACUCCGGAGAGAUUAGCACAUUUGAGCAAUAUAUCUAAUAAUGAUAAUAACGAAAACAACAGCGCAGCAUCCGGUAGCACGAUUGCCAACGGUACUGGGCCCAGCUUUGGCAUCGGAAAUGGGGGCCAUCAACCCGACGGUGCUCUUGUUUUAUCUUUUCGUGAUGUUCCUGCGUCUACUCCACAAGACCGUUUGAACAGCUUCAUAUCUGUUGCUGCUCAGCUUGCAAUGGAGAGAUUCAACAGACUAUUAAAUAGACCAAAAGGAAUAUCAAAGGAUGAGUUUGAUAAGCUCCCCGUUCUGCAAGUUUCUGAUCUACCCAAGGCCGAAGGGCCCUUAUGUAGUAUAUGUUAUGACGAAUAUGAAGAUGAAGUUGAUUCAACUAAAGCAAAAAGAAAAAGGGAUUCUGAAAAUGAGGAGGAAUCUGAAGGAACAAAAAAAAGGAAGGAUAAUGAAGGUGCGCCCCUACGCACAACCGCCGAUAAUGACAGUAACCCAUCGAUUACAAAUGCUACGGUUGUUGAACCGCCUUCUAUUCCUCUCACUGAACAACAACGCACUCUCAAUGAUGAAGAAACAAAUCCAAGCUACAAACACUCACCAAUCAAGUUACCUUGUGGCCACAUUUUUGGGAGGGAAUGUAUCUACAAAUGGUCAAGAUUAGAAAAUUCUUGUCCCCUUUGUAGACAAAAGAUCAGCGAAUCUGUAGGUGUUCAACGUGCAGCCCAACAAGAUACGGAUGAAGUAGCAGCUAACGAAGCUGCUUUUGAACGUAUUAGACGAGUUUUAUACGACCCAACUGCAGUGAAUAGCACUAACGAAAAUAGUUCCGCCCCAUCCGAAAACACGUCCAAUACAACGGUUCCCACUAUCGGAAAUGCAAGUUCUGGCGAACAGAUGUUAUCAAGAACAGGCUUUUUUUUAGUGCCUCAAAACGGCCAACCUUUACACAAUCCAGUCCGUUUACCGCCUAAUGAUAGCGAUAGAAACGGUGUCAACGGGCCGAGCUCAACUACUCAAAAUCCACCCUCUAAUUCUGGUGGUUCGAAUAACAAUCAAAGUCCGCGCUGGGUUCCCAUCCCUUUGACUUUGUUCCAAUUCCACAGUCCAAAUCCGAAUCCUUCCGCUUCUGAUUCUUCGGCAAGCCCAUCAGCAGCGAACGGUCCAAACUCAAAUAACACUAGUAGUGACGCUACAGACCCUCACCACAACAGACUAAGAGCCGUUUUGGAUCACAUAUUCAACGUUGCUCAGAGGGGAACUUCUGAUACCUCUGCAACAACAGCACCCGGAGCACAAACUGUUCACAACCAAGGACGUAAUGACUCAUCGUCCUCUGAUACAACGCAAGGAAGUUCCUUUUUGGAAAAUAUUUCACGAUUAACAGGCCAUUUUACGAAUGGCUCAAGAGACAACAAUAACGACAAUAACCAUAGCAAUGAUCAACAACGAGGUGGAAGUACUGGUGAGAACAACAGAAAUAACUUGUUUUCCUCCGGUGUUGCCAGUUAUAGAAAUCAAAAUGGUGAUGUUACUACCGUCGAACUACGCAACAACAAUUCUGCUGCCUUUCCUCCUACAGACGAAAAUCCCUCUCAAGGCCAAGGUUCAAGCAGUUCGGACACCACCAUUCAUAACGACGUCCCUAAUGAUAACAAUGAGCAACGAUCAUCACAAUAA